CGGACGAACAGCUUCCCGGGACACCUCCAUGGCUACGUGUCUUUCUAUCACCAGACCGAGGAGCUGUUAUUAAAAAGAUGGCCACGAUAUAUCGGAUGUUUUGCUUGUUGUUGAAUUGAAUACUCUUGGUCAUCGAAAACAAAGGUUUGCUCUCUGCCGUGGCCACAUGGCCCGGUUGAUGAGAUGGAAGGUCUCACCACGCAGGACCUGCUAACAGCAGUAAAACUGUCAGCAAUCUAUGUGCUACAUGCGAGCAACCGCAACCCCGUUGACGCCAUCCAUCCCAACUGGAAACCCCGCAACAUUCCGACGGGAGGUCGUUGAUCACAUCAGCCGUUAUGCCUGCCAUUGUGUUGGGAUGGAAGGCGGCAUGCUGAUUGCUCCCGGGUCUUUGUCACCACUGACUGCACUUGCGAAGUGCUUGCUGGCAAUUCCUAUGAAUGGUUGGUACCUACCUCUACCUCUACCUCUACCUCUAGGUAUAAACUCGGAUGGAUGUGUCCGAUGAUACGUGACAUCAAUCAACCUCCUGGCCCGGGCAGUCUAGUGCGGGAAUGGGCGGAAUGGGUCGUCCUCUGCGACAAUCCACAUCAUCCUCCACAAGCCCAUCCAACUCACUCCUCCCCGAGCCAUGGACUUUACUUGAUUCAACCUAAAGCCCGAGCAAGCGCUCGUGAUUCAUGGACCAUUGCUCCUUCAGAUAAGACUGCCCAGCCGCAAACUAUUGAUUCAACCGCUUGUAUAAAGACAACACAUGCCUCACUCCAGUCAGACCCCUCUCAACCUCUCUUCCAGCAAUCAUCUCAAGCUCGACAAGACAUGACAACGCGAUAACGCCAACUAGCAGCCAGAGCAAGCCCCCUCGACCUCAACUUCAACCAUCAGCAGACACCGAAUUGGCAACAAUGUCGCACUCGGCUGUGACUACCAUCGGCCAGUUCUUGACGCCCUUGGCUCUGGACAAUGCCGUUGCUUUGAAACUCUCCAGGGAAUUCUAUUCCAACUUCAAACACUUGUGUACCGAAUCGCUGAAUCAGUUCCUACCAACUCCCAUUUCCAUGUCCAUCUUGAGGCCUGUGGGACGCCAAAGCACCGGUCGCUUCCUUGCCAUGGACAUGUACGAUACCCCCACAGUGUUCAUGGUUUCCACUCCACCCGGUACUUGAUAUUGACUUUCGACUUUAGUGGUGGUUCAAACUUGAGAGUGGGCUUCGUGGAACUCCUAUCCGAGGGCCAAGAUCGCCGCCUAAAUCGUCUCCUCGAGCAGUCAUGGCCGAUCCUGGAUCACCUCAAACACGAGAACUCAGAACAUCUCUUUGGAUGGGUUGGAGAGCACAUUGCACAGGUGGUUCGGAAAGGGUGUGAAACUUGGGGGUUAUCUUCGGACGAAGAGCUGCCCAUGGGCGUCACCUUCAGCUUCCCCAUGAAGCAGACCUCGCUUUCCGAAGCUACUUUGAUGGCUAUGGGCAAGGGCUUCGCCAUCACAUCAGAUCUAGACCUGGGCGGUCACCUGAUCAAGGGUUACGAACAGCACAGGACAGCCGGCUUACCUCCUUUAAAAAUCGCCGCCAUCACCAACGAUGCUGUGGCUACAUUGGUAUCCUUUGUAUAUCAAUACCCAGCCGCGCCCAAUCAGAAAGCAGCCAUGGGCCUCAUUGUCGGUACUGGAUGCAACGCUACGAUCCCCCUCCAGUUCAGCAAACUGCACAAAAAUAAAUUCCCGGGUCUGAUCAGUGUUCAGCAGGACUGGGACCUUUUGGACGUCGGGAUUGCGGUAAACACAGAAUGGAGCAUCAACGGGUCAGCAUCGCCGCUACGCAUGCUUGGGUUGAUUAGUCGCUGGGACGACGAGCUGGACAAGGCAUGCGAAGCCCCUGGUUUCCAGCCAUUAGAGUACAUGACCGCUGGUCGCUAUCUGGGCGAGUUGGCGAGGCUCAUAUUUGUGGACUUUUUGACCACUGUCCAAGGCGUCCCGCCUGAGGAUCUGCCCCAGGGGCUUCACCAGCGCUUUGGUCUCUCCACAACCUUCCUCAGUCAUUUCUACCCGGGUAGCGACAAGGGUGAUAUUCUGGAGCAGUUACAGAAAGAGUUCGACUUGUCCACGGAUUCGACAUUUACAUGGACAUCCGAUCAUGCGGACACCCUGUAUCACAUAGCCAAGGCUAUCCAAACUCGAGCAGCAGGCAUUGUCGCGGCGGCCACUAUCGGACUUUUGCGCUGCGCUGACGAGCUUCCUGACCCGUCAGAACCAGUUCGAGUUGGCGUCGCUAAUGGUGACAAUGUUGAAGAGCUUGUAGUGGGAUAUACUGGCGGCUGUAUACAGCACUUCCAGGAUUACUUGAAAGACACGCAAGCCUUCUUGGAUUUUAUCACGCAGGAAGAGUUCGCAGCCCAAGGGAAAAGGAUACGUGUGAAACUAGAGCCCUGCCAUGAUGGGGGAAUCACAGGGGCGGGGAUCUUGGUGCCUGCUGCUUUGGCAAGCACCCAGGCGUAGGCCUUCAGUUCUGGUAAUGAAUGUGGUAUGACUUGUUUUGGGAGAAGGGCGGCGUUUGAGGCCAUAGAAGGGAUUGGCAUAUGCUAGAAAGGUUUAUAACUGUUUUACUCGACCGAAAGGUUUUAUCCGCCCACCGCAUCUGAAGGAAGACCAAGUUAUCUCCAGAGAGGAGCUUGACCUGACAAAAGGUGCCUCAGUUACCAUGGCAGAAAGCAGCAAUUAGACUUACACACUCGCACUCCAAUGUACACCCACCACCUUACCAUUCAGAUCCUCGGUUACCGCCUCCACACUUCAAAAUCCCAAGCAAAGAAGGGUUGCAGGAGCGGAAGAAUACUUUUUGGAGAAAAACAAAAAG